AUCCAUAUAAAAUUAUUUUAAUAAAAUAAAUAAUAAAAAAACGAAAAGAAAGAAAAGAAAAGAAGAAACUGGUGCAGUUGGUGUCUUUAUUUACUUCUACUAAACAAACACUUUCUCAGAGAGCUAGCUAAAAACAAUAAGCAAAAAGUCCAGUAAUGAAAACAGAUACAGAAAGAGCUGCCUCAAUGAAGAAACAAGGCUGUGAGAUUGAAGCCAUAGGGAUCAACUACAAGAUUCAAACAGAGAACCCUUUUAAGAUUUUCACCAGAAAACCACAUCAGAGUCAUCAAGCUGUUGAUCGAGAACCAGAAGAGUCACCUAAAGUAAUUGAAAAAGCGUUUAAUAAAGGAGGCAGGCAAGUGUUAAAAGAGGUGAACUGCCGUGCUAAACCAUGGGAAGUCCUCGCCAUUGUUGGCCCGAGCGGAGCUGGGAAAUCAUCUCUGUUGGAAAUCUUAGCAGGGAAAGUCACACCAGAGAGUGGUUCCAUAUUCAUCAAUGGAAAACCUGUUGAAGCUGAGUUCAAGAAGACUUCAGGCUAUGUCACACAGAAGGACAUGCUUUUCCCUUUACUUACAGUUGAAGAAACCUUGAUGUUUAGCGCCAAACUGAGGCUGGGGCUUCCUCCAGUUCAGUUGAGCUCGAGAGUGAGAUCACUGAUCGAGGAGCUCGGCCUAAGCCGUGUAGCUGGAGCUCGAGUAGGGGAUGACAGGGUCCGGGGCAUAUCUGGUGGAGAAAGGCGACGUGUUUCAAUUGGUGUGGACGUGAUUCAUGAUCCGAAAGUGCUGAUUCUUGACGAACCAACCUCGGGACUUGACAGUACUUCUGCACUACAAAUUGUAGACAUGCUAAAGACAAUGGCUGAAACCAGAGGAAGAACCAUCAUCCUCAGUAUUCAUCAACCUGGGUUUAGAAUCGUUAAGUCCUUCAAUUCAAUCCUUUUGUUGGCUAAUGGCUCUGUUCUUCAUCAUGGUACAAUUGAUCAGCUUGGUGUGAAUUUGAGGCUAAUGGGAUUAGAAGUUCCUCUUCAUGUAAAUCUGGUUGAGUUCGCUAUUGAAUCCAUUGAAAGCAUUCAAGAACAAGUCAAUAAAAAGCUGCCACAAUUGCUAUCAACAACAACAGCAACAACAACAACACAACAGAAGAAAGGAGAUGCUCAUGGUGAGAACAAGAGCGGCAAGUUCACUCUCCAGCAGCUAUUUCAACAAUCAAAGGUCAUUGAUGAGGACAUAGUAACUGCCAGUAUUGAUUUCCCUCGAGACUUUGCCAACUCAAGGCUGAAGGAGACGAUUGUUCUCACUCACAGAUUCUCCAAGAACAUAUUCCGAACCAAGGAGCUCUUUGCAUGCAGGACUGUUCAAAUGUUGGUCUCUGGUCUAGUCUUGGGAUCAAUCUUCUAUGAUCUUAAAGAUAAUUUAAUUGGAGCUCAAGAAAGGGUAGGUCUAUUUGCAUUCAUUUUAACUUUCUUGUUAUCAUGCACUACAGAAGCUCUACCUAUCUUUUUGCAAGAAAGGGAGAUUGUGAUGAAGGAGACCUCUUGCGGGAGCUACAGAGUCUCAUCCUACGCUAUAGCUAAUGGCUUAGUCUAUCUGCCAUUUCUACUCACCCUGGCCGUUUUAUUUACCUCACCCUUAUAUUGGCUUGUUGGAUUGAACAAGAAUUUCAUGGCAUUUUUGCACUUCUUGUUGCUAAUCUGGUUGAUCUUAUACACUGCAAACUCGGUUGUGGUGUGUUUCAGUGCAUUGGUACCUAAUUUCAUAGUUGGAAACUCAGUCAUUGCCGGUGUCAUGGGAUCUUUCUUUCUGUUCUCUGGUUACUUCAUAUCACAGAAUGAGAUUCCAGGUUACUGGAUUUUCAUGCAUUACAUAUCCCUGUUUAAGUAUCCAUUUGAAGGGUUUCUAAUAAAUGAGUUUUCUAACUCUGGCAAGUGCUUGGAGCACCUGUUUGGAAAGUGUAUGAUGACAGGGGAUGAUAUUCUCAGAGAAGAAGGGUAUGGAGAAGAAAGUAGGUGGAGGAAUGUGGGAGUCAUGGUGGGAUUCAUCUUGGUUUACAGGUUCAUCUCUUAUGUCAUUCUUAGAUGUAGAUGUUCUCAAAGAGGACUAAAGAGUGUCCUCGUUUAAAGUACUUGUAUUUUACUCUCUUUCUCUCUCUCACGAGUGUGUUUAAUUGUUCACAUGUUUUCGAAUUUGCCUAAGAUAGUAGUAGCAUCUACAGAACUGUUAUAUUAAUAAAAGAACAUAGAAAAAGAAAAUUGAAAAAAAAAAAAAAAGACUUUGCUACAGUUUCAGUACGUCAUAUGUGUUCUGAUUUAUGUAAACCUUAUAAUGAGAAUCUCUCUUUUUCUCUCUUA